AUGAACAAAACCGAUUCAACAUAUGAAGAGCGCCAGGAAUGGAGACAGCGAUGCAUUCUCUCAAAUGACAGCUUUAUGAUGGGUCUCCCCAAAAUCGAACUCCAUGUGCAUAUCGAAGGAACCAUGUCUGCAGAUCUCAGGUGGAGGCUUUCCGUAAGGAAUGGUAUUAGCCUCACAGCGGGGUCAGAUAAAACGCCACUCUCAUCGCUAGAGGAAGUCAGAGAAGCUUACAAACACAUCCGAGGGAGAAUUGGCGCUGCAGCAGCCGAUGCAAAGACCAAUAUGACAUUCUAUGAGGCCUACUAUGGUGGUUUUGACCUUCUACAGACCGAAGGAGACUACUACGAUUUAGCUAUGGGCUACUUUGAGCGGGCUAGCCAGAUGCAAGUGAGGUAUUGCGAACCUUUUUUUGAUCCCCAAGGUCAUACAAGACGAGGGAUACCAUCGGAUGUUAUGAUGAGAGGCUUCAAGAGAGCUCAAGAUGAAGCAGAAAGCAGACUCAAGGCAAGAACCAUGGUUCCUAAUUUUUAAUACGAACCCAACUAAUCCACGAUAGAUCAAAUCCCAGUGGAUUAUGUGCAUACUUCGCGAUUUAUCACCAGAAUCUGCGAUGGCUCAGUAUGAAGCAAUGUUACUAUAUAAGUCUAUGGUGGUAGGUAUAGGUCUGGAUUCCGAUGAGUUUCAGCAGCCGCCUUCCCUCUUCCAGGCCGUCUUUAAGCGUGCUCGUGCGGAUGGCUUCAAGCUCACAACUCACUGCGACUUCAACCAAAAGAAUACCCAUGAACACAUCCUCCAGGUUGCCAAAAGUCUAGGAGGCAACGGAGCAGAACGCAUUGAUCAUGGCAUGAACGCUGCAGACCAUCCGGAACUCAUGCAGAUUAUUAGAGAAAAGGGAAUAGGCAUGACGAUAUGCCCUUGUGCUUAUAUUCGACAUACUUCUGAGUACGAGGUAUUUCCUCGCAUACGGAAGCUGUUCGAUGCAGGCAUUCAAGUCACGAUUGCAAGUGAUGAUUCAGCGUAUAUGGAAGACAAUUGGAUCUUCCAUAAUCUAUAUUUGGUUCGUGAAAAGUGCGAAUUCACAAAUGGAGAUUUGAUAUCCCUUCAGAGAAAUGCUGUGUCUAUUUGCUGGACUGACAGAGAAACAAAGAUCGCAAUACUAGAUGAGCUUGCAACUUUUGAAAAGAAUGGUUAUUCUUCAUAA